UUUACAACAUCCCAUCCCCAUACAACUCACCCCCUCACCAAAAUCCACCAACACACCAUGAAACCAUUCCCAAGGAUAUCCCCCACAUUCAAUCCCAGGCCCCUUUCACGCCUGCCCAGAGCCGUUCACGCGCCCCUUCGGUCUCAAUAUGCACAUGUACACUCAUCGACAGCGAAGGCCGCAGUUGCACAUCCCAUAACCGUCAGCGGCCCGCCGCCAAAGCCGCCUUCCCCGUCGCCGGAAUUUCUCGAGCGCCUUGAGCGGAGGAAGAAGCAGUCGGAACUUAUACAGCAGGGUAAUAUUGUGGCAUCGGGGCAGGGGUCGUCGACAACGGCUACAGAGUCGAAGCCGCUGAGAAGGAGGUUCUGGAAGGAUGUUCAUGUUAAGGAAGUAGAUGAUGGAUAUCAGAUCUUCCUCGACUCGCGUCCCGUCCGAACACCCGAAAAGAAAAUCCUCAUCAUCCCCGCCUCAAAACCACAUCUGGCACACGCCAUCGCGCUCGAGUGGGACCUGCUAGUUUCCGCCCAGCAAGCUCUAAAACAGCACUUAAUACCAUUGACCUCACUCACAGCGCGCGUUCAGGACCUUGCCGCGGAAGAUGCCGCGGGCCAAAGUACCAUCCGCGAGCAAAUCGUGGCAUCCAUGAUGCGAUAUCUAGAAACGGAUACAUUGCUAAGCUGGGCGCCGGAAAAAAGCUUCUAUGAUUCCCAUCUACACGACAUGGAAGCAAGCGGCGAAGGGGUGACAGGGGAAAAAGAAGAAUCGCUGCGUGAUAUCCAGAUUAGAACGGCAAGGCCCAUCGUCGAUUUCCUGACUACGAAAGUGUGGCCGGGCAUUGAGAUCAGGCCCGCGCUACAGGAGAAUAGCAUUUUGCCCUCGCCGCAGCUGCCGCUUACCAUGGAGGUUAUACGCGGAUGGAUCUACGGCUUGCCGGCGUACGAGCUAGCCGGGUUGGAAAGGGGUGUUUUGGCGAGUAAGAGCUUGUUAGUGGCGGCGAGGUUUGUUAUUGAGUGGAGUGAGCAGUUCCGCGACCUGCAGGCGGAGGGGCGGAGGACGUUUGGCAUCGAGAAGGCGGCGGAGGCGUCGACACUGGAGGUUACCUGGCAGACGGAUAAGUGGGGGGAGGUGGAAGACACGCAUGAUGUUGAUAAGGAGGAUGUUCGGAGGCAGCUUGGCUCUGUUGUGCUGCUUGUGAGCGGGGAGCGGAGAUAGGGAGGAGGAGGAUGGAUGGAUGGUUACAUAGCUCCAAUAAGUUUUAAAUUCUGAGAUUUAGAGUGUGAAUAGAUAUUUUGUAUAUUACCAUGUGCAUUUACUUGAAUUAGACUUAAUGGCAGGAUGCCGCCUAAGAUCAAAAUCCGGUCAUUGUCCUGGGUGGAUGUUGAUGCAGAAUUACGCGCCCAGUUUUGCUGCGGAUCUGAUAUUCUACGUCAUUCAGAGCCGGA